GAUAACCAACUACACCACGAAACCUUUUGUUGUUACACGUCCGUUAAUCAUUGAUUUUAACUAUUAUUGACUUGGACAAUUUUACUGCCGUCACUAUCUCUAUUUGGUUUCCUCUCUCUCAAAUUCUCCGAUCACCAUGAGUAAGGGUCCGGGACUAUUCGCCGACAUCGGAAAAUAUGCGAAAGAUCUGUUGACGAGAGAUUACAGUACCGAUCAGAAAUUCAGUAUCUCCACUAACAGUGUCUCCGGCGUCGCUCUUACUUCCACUGCUCUCAAGAAUGGAGUACUACAUGCUGCUAAUGUUGCCACACAAUACAAGUACAGAAACACUUUCUUCGAUGUCAAGAUCGAUACUGAUUUCAAUAUCCUGACAACCAUCACAUCACUGAGAUCCUCCCAUCGACAAAAGCCAUUGCUUCCUUCAAAGUGCCUGAUUACAACUCUAGCAAGCUGGAAGUCCAAUAUUUCCAUGAUCACGCAACAGUUACAGCCGCUGCAGCCUUACAAUAAAACCCUCUAAUUGAUGUAACUGCUGCUCUUGGCUCACCAACUAUCUCAUUUGGUGCUGAAGCUGGGUAUGACACCACAUCUCGAACUUUCACAAAGUACAACGUCGGAGUCAGUGUCACAAAGCCAGAUCAAUGUGUCUCCAUAAUAUUGGGAGAUAAAGGAGAUUCGAUCAAAGCCUCUUAUGUAUAUUACCUAGAUGAGUCGACGAGAAGCGCAACAGUUGGAGAGGUUAUCAGGAAAAUCUCAACUAAUGAGACAACAGUAACUGUUGGUGGAUUGUAUGCGGUUGAUCACUUAACGAAUGUGAAAGCUAAGCUGAACAGUAACGGUAAGUUUGGAGCUCUUCUGCAACACGAGGGCCUUCCAAAAUCGAUAGUGACAAUCUCAGGUGAGAUUGAUACCAAGACAUUAGACAAGUACCCAAGGUUAGGUCUCUCGCUUUCCCUUAAACCUUGAAGAGCUACACAUACCAAUGGAAGUUAGGUUUAACAAUGGAGACUACCCUUUCUGUCUCCUAUGACAUUGUUUAGAGUUGAGUUGGUUAUUGAAUAAUGAAUCCCUCGGCUAAUCUCCUUAUUUCUGAUAAUUCUUUUUCGGAUUUGUUUCUUUUGGGGCUCACGCUUAAUAGGAACAGUUAUAUCGCUCUUUUCUGAGAGUUUUUUUUUAUUGUUUUGUUAAGAGAAACAAACCUUAUGUGAAACUAGAAUCAAUCAAAGACUCAAGUUGGAAAAGAAUCAGAGAUAGGUCUUCUACACAUGUACAUCAAAUGUGAAAACUGUUCAGUCGGAUAAUUGCAUUUGAGAUAUGUUUU